CUCUCAAGAUCAAUGAGCAAAGAGCUUUCUCUCAGUUCUGUCUUUCAGUUUCUCUCUUCCAGGAAGGAAAACAUUCACGGAGAGGGGGAGAGAGCGAGAAAACCAGCCUCACCCUUCAGAUCUCAAAACAUAACACCGGCAAAUUAAAUCAAACAUAUUCACCCCUUCCUUCAAAGGGAAAAAAAGCCAGCAACCAAACAUCACAACAAAACUAUGCGGGCUGCCUCUCCCAGGGGCAGAUCUGCAGGAUCUUUGGGGUUAUUUGGAAAGAUGGUUGGAGUAACUUCUCCUUAAAUGAUUACGUCUGUCUGUGAAGGAUUUCUGGGUUGGGGAGAGGAAAGGAAAGUGGAAAAAAACUGAGAACUUCCUGAUCUCUCUCUCCUUUCCCCCCCCCUUUCUGUGAGACAUGUCUGAGGCUCCUGCUCAGUGUUGCAUCAAGCAGGAAAGAAUUUCCUACACACCUCCAGCGAGCCCAGUAGUGAAUUACCCUUCCUCAUCACCACUACAUGUCCCAGUGCCUCGAGCGAUCAGGAUGGAGGAAGACGCGAUCAGACUGCCGGCACACCUGCGCUUGCAGCCAGUUUACUGGAGCAGGGAUGAUGUGGCCCAGUGGCUCAAGUGGGCAGAGAAGGAGUUUUCUCUGAGGCCGAUUGACAGCAACACUUUUGAGAUGAAUGGCAAAGCACUCCUGCUCCUGACCAAAGAGGACUUUCGAUACAGGUCUCCUCAUUCAGGUGACGUGCUGUAUGAACUCCUUCAGCAUAUCCUGAAGCAAAGGAAAGCUCGCAUGCUAUUUUCACCUUUCUUCCACCCUGGGAACUCUAUCCAUGCUCAGCCAGAGGUCAUAUUACACCAGAACCACGAUGAAGACAACUUUGUCCAGAGACCUUCAAGACCAUCCGCAGAAACAGUCCAUCACAACCCCCCAACCAUUGAACUGUUGCAUCGUUCUAGAUCGCCUAUCACCACCAAUCAUCGGCCGUCACCAGACCCCGAGCAGCGGUCGCUGAAGUCCCCAUUGGACAACACUAUCCGCCGCCUCUCCCCAGCUGAUAGGGUCCCAGGGACAAGGCAUCACCAGGAGAACAACCAUCAAGAGCCCUACCCUCUCUCAGUGUCUCCUAUAGAAAACAACCACUGCCCGCCUCCUCCUGAAGUACUACAGAAGCCUUCCAGCCCCCGCCAAGAGAACACCAGGGUCAUCCAGCUGAUGCCCAGCCCCAUCAUGCACCCUUUGAUACUGAACCCCAGGCACUCUGUAGAAUUCAAACCAUCACGGUUGUCUGAGGAUGGGCUACACAGGGAGGUAAAGCCUAUCAAUUUGUCCCACCGGGAAGAGUUAGCAUACAUGAACCACAUCAUGGUGUCCGUCUCCCCUCCUGAGGAGCAUGCAAUGCCAAUUGGAAGGAUAGCAGACUGCAGGCUGCUUUGGGAUUAUGUCUAUCAGCUGCUUUCUGACAGCCGGUACGAAAACUUCAUCCGAUGGGAGGACAAGGAAUCCAAAAUAUUUCGGAUAGUGGAUCCCAACGGGUUGGCUCGGCUGUGGGGAAACCACAAGAACAGAACAAAUAUGACCUAUGAGAAAAUGUCCAGAGCCCUACGCCACUACUACAAACUAAAUAUCAUCCGGAAGGAGCCAGGACAAAGGCUUUUGUUCAGGUUCAUGAAGACCCCAGAUGAGAUUAUGAGUGGCCGAACAGACCGCCUUGAGCACCUUGAGUCCCAGGAACUGGAUGAACAAAUAUAUCAAGAGGAUGAGUGCUGAAGGAACCAACAUGCACCACCUCAGUGGGUCCAUGGGAGAAAUGUCUGCCUGGGCAUCUGGAGGAGUUUGGGAAGGGGAACAAGAACACAGGAGCAGAAUAUGGGGUCAACACUUACCUAGAAGACCAUGCAGGACCCAAAGCACCUUAGUAAAAAUAAAAACUAGCAGAGGUGGUGGUGGCGGCAGCAAGGUGGAGGAGAGAGAGCCUGGACUCAUGCACUACUUCAUUGUCCCUGCCAAGUCUCCCUUGACUUGUUUUUAUUUUCCUUUUGUUGGUUUUUUUCAUUCUUUCCUAAUAAAUAUGCAGUUUGACUUUUCUUAAUUCAUGUAGGAUGAGACGCCAGGUUUUGCUUUUUCAGAAGCCUUUCCUAUGGAAAUAAAUGGAGCGCUAUUAUUUUCUGUGCAAGUCUCACAACAUAAGUAUGGUGACCGUGGCACAGAAGGGGUCACCCUGCUGGUUCCAUUUACUCAGAUCACAUUUGCUCAUGCUGGCACAAGGAAAGUCUCAAGCUACCAAGAAAAUUUAUCCACACACCCACCUACUAAUUGAAAGGGGGAGGGGGAGAAUAUAUUUUGCUACAAGCUUGGGACCCAGCGUAUGUUGGGCUGGCAAUGGGCUCCUGUUAACUGCUGGCACAUGGACCAAAUCAUCUAAGUGCUCUGAGGAGCCGGGGGGCGGGAAAACAAGAAAAACCUCAGACAGAACACAAUAGACUGAUGCUGGCUUUUGCCCUUUCUCUAGCAAAGAAGAUUUUGAAUAGAAGUGACAAACAAGGUGGACUUUCUGGUUCAAGUCUUCUAUCAAAAAGCAAGGGCUGAAGUAUUUGUGAUUACAAGUAGUUGCAAUUUCCACAGCAGCUAGCAGUUUUUGAGGUAGAGGUGAAGGGCUGCUUUUACAACUUAAGGGGAAGGAAAAAGGAGGAAGAUACAAUUGCUUAUAAUACUCAGAAGCCUCCCCAGGAUCAGCCGGCACUGCUGGAGAGAAAGUGAAAUCAGAAGCAUGAAGAUGUGGUAGACAACCAGAGACCAAAUAGCUAUACUGGUAUCCCGAAACUGGUUAUUUGAUGCCUCCCACUUCCUGCCCCACCCCUCCCAAAGGCAACUCUACCAGCCAGAGAUCACUUCUCAGCUUACCCAUUUUUAGCACUGUUUAUUUUAAAAAAAAUCCACCCCAUUGCAUUCUUGUCCUUUUAAGAUAUUCUUGUUUUGGCAGCCCCAGUUUGGUGUGCAGCCUUUAGGGCAAGAGCAGCUUUGGCUGCUGCCUGCUACUGGUGGAAGAAAGAACCUUGCCUAGAUUGCUGUCAGCAGGAGCAAUGGUCCUUUCAUCCAUAUGGACUUUUAUGUCAGAGACUGGGAAAACUAUUUCCUUUUGUAAUUGUACUUUGGUUGGUCCCCGUAGAGAUGAGAAUUGGUGGUUUCAGGACAAGUGAUGAACCCAUCAGCCAUCUCUUGUUAGUCAAGGAAAAAUCUAGCUGCAAAAUAUGCAUUUGGGAAAGGAGGAGAUCAUGUAAUUUUUCAACAAGGAGAUUGGAGUUUCUCUGCACAGGCAUCAUGGGAUGUCCAAAGGAAAGGAAGCCUGUGUCUGUUCAUUAAUAAAAUCUCUUUUGUAGAUCAUAGGAGUAUGAAAUGGAAGACGUCAAGAGAUCAUUAAAUCUAUCUUACCAAAAAGCCCAGAUACAAAACCUGAUCUUAACCAAAUAUUGAACAGGAAUGUUGCUAUCCAGAAAACUUUCCAUUUGGUUAGGCAUGGUACCCUGUAUAUUUAAGUAACUGUAGUCUAAUUUCACUGCAAGGUGCACUGAGUCACAUAUGGCAGAGGGAAGGGGUUUUUAAUGGGCAUAGAGUGCCACACCCUGGAAUGAGAACAAACCCUUCCCAGUUGGCCUCACAUGAAGAAAGACUGGGAAUACAUCUUCCUUCAAGCUUUAUCCAGCCACAUAACGAACUGUUUUUUUUCCAUGCUCUGAGUGGAUGUGCUUACAGAUUGCAACACACUGUGUAUUUGACUUUUUCCUGCAUCAAAGAACAGCAGCAGCAAAUAUCAGCAAAAGAGAAGAUCACCACCCCCCAUCAGUCCUUGAGGUGGCUCUGAAACCCUUGAGUACAAAAAGGGUCAGUGGGAGAGGUGCUGAGGAAUUCUGGCUCUGUGGCCAUGGACCUGAAACUGAAGGGAGAGGAAGCUGUUUUUGUUUGGUUUUAGCUAAAGAAAGUGACCUUGUUCAAGGAGACAAGUGGCAGUCCCUUCUCAGGAGCGGAGGCUUAGAUGAUGAGGGAAAAUACCCUCUGGCUUUAGCCAUAGCACACAGAGCUGGCAAACAUCUAACCAAGAAAACUCAAGCCAAAAAAAAAAACGGGGAGACUUCAACUGAGAAAUGGAGAGGGAAACAUCAAAAAGGCAUCAGAUUUAAAGGAAGUUCCUUACUCUUCACUUCCUUUCUACCAUCUGAAAAUAGAAAGAAAACAAGAGUUUGCCAUUUGUAUCCCUUGGUACUCUGGCCAGGACCAAUAGGUGAUCAUCAUUCAUUUCCUCUGCUCCAACUACAUGGUUGGAAGGAGGAGGAGAACUCUUGUAUUUAAGGGCUCUAAGCUAUGUUUUUUUGCUGUGUUGGUAUUUGUGUGCUGAGGAGUUUGCCAAUUUGGUCUACACACCCUUGCCAUUUGUGGUGGCAAACAUGGUGAAACGUCAUCAUGGGGAUGGUAAAGGGGUGGAAGGUAAGGAAUCCUGAACUCACACCUAUUUGCCCCAGGGUGAAAUUUCACAGAGAAGUUUUUGCCUUUGACAAUAAUUGGUAACUGACACCUGCAGAAACCAAGAAAUAAUCCAGAUUGCAAAAUAUUUGAGCUAUGUUUCCUUUCUGGUGUUAUGAAUGUUGGGAAUUUUCUUUCACCACAGAACUAUGGCAUGUGACCCCCAUCCCCUUUUAGAGUCCACUUCCUCCAUCACAUCCUUAAUGAAGACGAGCUUUGCCAAGGAAGACCCAUACAGAUGCACCAGUAAGAAUGAACAUAGUCUUUGGAUGCACAGCAGGCCCUUAGCAUAGUGAAUUUUACAGAUAAGUGAGGUUGCCAUCUUUCUGUCAAGAUCUAAAUGGCUUAUGGAGUGGUAGAGCAAGUGCCAAGAGCUGGAGUGUAUGACCGAGCAGCCAGCCAGGCUGAAGGGACUUGCAAUAUCUGAAUUUGAGGUGUCCUUAGUAUCCUGGGGGCCAGUUUGUUAGAAAAAGACUUCCACAGAAACUGUAGGAAAUGGAUUCCCUCCUGUCUUGCAGAGAGAUCCAUUUCUCACCUAUACUGAUAGUUCAGUCAUGUUUUACCUACACUCCAUAGGGCCUCCAUUUUUGGAAGUGUGGUUAUCAAGGAGAAUUUUGCCCCUGAAUACCCAGUGUAGGAUUUGCCAACUGCCACGUAGCCCUACUUUCUGCCCACUCCCUCAGAGGAAACUGGAAAAGGGAGAAAGGUUUUAAGGAACCCCUUAACCACUGGGUGAUGGGCCUUUUCUUGAAAUAGUGUGGCUAGACAGGGCCCUCCCCUGCCAUCAACUUGCUACAAAUCUGUACAAGCCAGAUCCUUCUGCAAACACAAGGGGGACAAUGCUGCUUGGGCAGGACAGAUGGCAGAUCUGUAAGCCAAUAAGGAAGCCUUUUUGCAGUUAAAGUCUCAAACCUUGUGAGGACUACCCAUUGAGAAAACACUAUUAGGGUCACCUGCAUAAACACUAAGUAACCGCAACCACUCGCGAUCUCCGAUAAAUACUGAGCAUGCAUUCUUCAUGAUUUCUCUUUAUAUGACUGCAACCAUGUGCAAAUCCAGAAUGCAUUUUUUUAAAUGAAUUCUAGUCUGUUUUUAUUGAUGGCUUUUUAAAAAAAAAAAAUAAGGUGUGGGGUUAAGGGACUGAAUCAAAUGAAUGUAAAAAAAAAAAAAAGCCUAUUCUCAGGGCCAGUGAGUUGCAAAUAAUUUUUAAAAGUGUCUGUAAUUACAU